AUGCUGGAGAUGAUGGAGGUAUUCGUGGCUUUUUGCCAUAUCAUGGUAAUAAUUUGUAAACCUGCAAACGAAGUGGAUGAUAGAGCAUAUAAGAAUUAUGAACUUAAAGAAACAUUUAGAACAUGGAAAGGUAGAAGUACGCAAGAGAAUGCAUCAACGGACACUGGGAAUAUUUUGGUGGAUGGGCCGCUGAACAGGUGUAAUAACAACGAAAAUGACACUGGGAAUAUUUUGGUGGAUGGGCCGCUGAACAGGUGUAAUGACAACGAAAAUGACACUGCAAGAAGGCCUGCUUUUGAUAUAAACAAAAUUAGUCAUGUGGGCGGAACGAUGAACAGAAAUAACCCAGAAAGCGAUACGAAGAAAAUGUGGAGAAGUUCUUGCGAUGAGUGCAACCCGGCCGAUAUGCAACGUUACAAAACAAGUUUAAGAGAUCGGCGUUAUUGGCAUGAUGUGAUGUAUUACAGCGCUGUUCAGUCCAACACAGGGAGCAAUUUCAACCAAAAGGGUUUUUUAUCGAAUACUCGUGGCAUAUUUGUUGAUUUUAUCGCUGGCAUUGCAAAGGAAUAUACCACAAUCCUCAACGACAAAAUACACGAAUUAAUGAGCGGACAAAAUAGUUUUCAUGAAUUAACCGAUGAACUUGUAGAGAAAACCGACCGAAUCGUAGAAGAUGAAAAUUUAAGGCUGAUGGACAGCAUGGAAAAAGUUUUUAAUGAGGCAGCAAAUCAAAUGAUGAAGCUUGCGACAAGGGCAGCAGAAAAUGAACACAAGCGAAUUGAAAGUACAUUAGAAGCUGAUUUAAGGAAGCGUUGUGACCAUAUAAGAAAAAUUCUUGAUUCAGCUGAAACACAAAUAGUUUUACUGGCAAAGAAUUAUUCGUUGUCCAAUGUUGCUGACAUAACGAAACGAAUACAACAAAACAAUGCGAGUAUUUUUAACUUAAUUAGCCGAAGAAUUUUUGAAGGUGUUUUAUCCAAAGAACGCACCAAAGUUACGGGUAGUUAUAGACAGGAAAGCACGCCACAUACUUCUCAUAAAGAAAAUGACUGUAAAAACGAUGCUGCCAAAGAAAACUCCAAUUUUGAGCAAGAUAAUUGCGACGAAGCUCUUUUUUUUUCAGUUACAAAUAUUUUGUUUUCAACGAAGAAUAAAAUCGAUGAAGUAAACGCAGAGUUCAGGAAUAAAGAAUUGGUGGAAAUAAGAAACAUGGUUUUAACACACAAUCAAAUGCUAAUCGAUGAGUUGAUUGCAGUGUUAGAUUUAAAACUGCUAAGUAUUGAGCAACUACUUAACAAGGCAUUUACCAACGUGAUCAGGACCAUCAAUCGUACGAUAUUCGGCGAGAGAACGAUUUAAUCUUGCAAAUGAACAAUCUCUACGGCAUCUCUUAAGCCACAUACCAAUCAUUCCUACUUAUCAACAUUAAUUUAAAGAUCCUUCCUAAAUAACAAUAACAAAUUUACCUACUACUCUAA